GGGAGAAUGUCAGCUGAAGAGGAUCUCUGCUGUCCGGUAUGUUAUGACAUCUUCAAAGAUCCUGUUGUCCUGUCAUGUUGCCACAGCGUCUGUAAAGCUUGUCUGGAAGAAUUCUGGAAAACGAAGGAACGUCGUGAGUGUCCACUGUGCAAAGUGCUGAAUCUAAACGACCCCGAAUGUAACUCCGUUUUGAAGAGUCUGUGUGAGGCUUACUUAGAGGAAUACAGUCAGAGAUAUGCAGCGGGCUCGAAACAACACUGCAGAGUACACGGCGAAAAACUUAAACUCUUCUGUCUGGAAGACAAACAGGCUGUAUGUCAGAUUUGCCAAAUGUCUUCACAGCACCACAACCACGAAUGCUACCCCAUAGAAGAGGCAGCAGAUCACUUUAGGAUGGAACUCAAAACUGAACUAAAGCCCUUUCAGGAAACAUUGGACUGCUUUAGUCAAGUGAAACAGUCUUACCACAAAGCCACAGCACACAUUAAGAGGCAGACCCUGCGCACAGAGCAGCAGAUUAGGGAUGAGUUUAAGAAGCUCUACCAGUUUCUACGAAUUGAAGAAGCAGACAGGUUGCUUGCGCUGCGAAAAGAAGAGAAGGAGAAGACUCAGUUGAUAGAGAAGAAGCUUGAGGAGAUCGACAGAGAGAUGUCAUCUCUUUUAAAACUUAUCAGAAUCAUAGAAGAAGAUAUGUGGACUGAAGAUCUGUUAUUCAUACAGAGCUUUGAGACCUCAUUGACAAGAGCUAAGUGCUCCUUACAGGAUCCAGAGAUGAUCUCAGGAACAUUGAUUGAUGAAGCGACUCACCUGGGCAACCUGGCAUACAGAGCAUGGGUGAAAAUGAAGGACAUUGUGCAGUACAAUCCCAUCAUUCUGGAUCCCAACACUGCACACAAGUCUCUUACACUGUCAGAAGAUCUCACCAGCGCGACAUUUAAUGAAACCCAAGACAUGACGCACCUUCCUGAUAACCCAGAACGGUUCAAAUCGAGUGUGUGUGUCCUCGGUUCUGAGGGUUUUGCCUUAGGGAACCACUGCUGGGACGUUGAGGUUGGGGAUAGGAGUUUGUGGGAGGUGGGAAUAACGACAGAGUCUAACCCAAAAAAUGCAUGCCUGUUUUAUAAUAGUGUGUGGAGUGUGGAGAGUAAUUUUGGGUUUUACACUCGGUCUCCUGCUCGGCCAAAGUCUCCGUUCUCUGCUGAGGGAGGACUCGAGAGAAUCAGAAUCCACUUAGACUGCGAAAGGGGACAGGUGUCCUUCUCUGACCCGCUCAAUGACACAGAAAUAAAAACCUUCAAUUACACAUUUACUGAGAAAGUGUAUCCAUUUUUCUGGUGUCAUAAUAAGAGUUCACCUGUUAAGAUUUUACCUAUGACUAUUUUACCCAGGACAGUUCUUGAAACUGAAUGAGAAAUUUAAGAUCUGUCUGAAGGC